GAAACAGUGAAAGAUAUUUUGAAUCGGAGAGAGUCCAGCCUUGCAUUGUUCAUGAUUUCGCAGUAGGAUUUGACAGAUAAACCUGAUAUGCAUUCCUUUCGGUUCUAGAUGCGCCGUUCGUGCCCGGUACUGCCAAAGUGGCGCACACGGGCAUGGCGAAUUUUCGAUACCUUCACACCUUCAUUGAUGAAGAGUCAGCGGGUGUGGAACUGCCUCGCUCGCGAAGCUGUCCCGAUCUUAGCCAAGCGCAUGUGGAUGCAGAUGAGCAAAACAGUCCAGAGCAUGCAAUGGCCAUCUACGUCGCUGAGCUAUGGCCAAGGACCCAGAUCUUGACUGGGUUGAUGAGGGUAGCUCCAGUGCAACAACCAGUUGCAGCAGUUCCAGUGGAUGGAGAGGAAGUCGAGUCAGUUGCAGCAGAUGAACUUCCAACAAAUAUGGGGCCAGAAGAACCAAUUCUACCAGACAUGGCAGCUACGGAGACCAUUGCAGCUGAGGCAGACAUGAAGACAGAGAUGGGUCGGCAAGAGGCAUCGCAAGAGGAAGAUGCGCAGAAGUGUGACUCGGCUGCAGCCACAUCUUCGGCAACGCCCGUGCGUCAUGCACUUAUCCAGGGCAGCCGGGGCCAUCCCUUUCUAUGUGCGCGGCCAUGCAUUCGCUUGGCUAAAGGGAGCUGCCACAUGGGAGAUGCUUGUGUGUAUUGCCACCACAGCACACAUCCGCGCUUCGCAGCCCUGGACAAGCGCCAGCGGCUUCAAGUGCACAACAUGGACAAGAGCACAUUCUUGUGGACGCUUUUGCCUCACAUCAGUCGUUCUCUUGCAGAUGCUCGCCUCGAAGCACCGGAACUCCUUGAGAUCAUUGAAUGGGAGGUUGAUGCCCAGCAGGUCUACCAUCGAGAUCGACAUCUGGACCGGACUUUGAGACAGAUGCCUUUGUCAGCCCUUCUCGCGUGCAUCGUUGCACGAGAGACAAACUUGCAGUCCUUGCUGCAAGAACAAAUCACGCAACUUCGACAACGCCUACCAUAAGCUGUGAAGCCGUACGGUUUGGGUGCUGUUGUUAGAGACCACCUAGGAAACAGCGGCAGGUAGACACAACCACAACAGGCCACUCCUCGAGGAAUUCCCAGGAGGAAGUCGG